CUUCCCAUUAAAGUUGGACACCAGAACACCCACACCAAAGUCAGCACAGAGCACAACAAGGAAUGUCUGAUCAACAUCUCCAAGUACAAGUUCUCCCUCGUCAUCAGUGGCCUCACCACCAUCCUCAAAAAUGUCAACAACAUGCGGAUAUUUGGAGAAGCUUCUGAGAAGAACCUCUACCUCUCCCAGCUCAUCAUUCUUGACACCCUGGAGAAGUGCCUGGCUGGGCAAUCCAAGGACUGCUUGCGUCUGGAUGAGACCAUGCUGGUCAAACAGUUGCUGCCGGAGAUCUGCCAUUUCAUCCACACAUACCGUGAGGGCCACCAACACGCCGCUGAGCUCCGGGCCUCGGCCUCAGCUGUCCUCUUCUCCCUGAGCUGCAACAACUUCAACGCCGUCUUCAGCCGCAUCUCCACCAGGCUACAGGAGCUGACCGUGUGUUCGGAGGACAAUGUGGAUGUUCAUGACAUAGAGCUGAUGCAGUACAUCAAUGUUGACUGCUCCAAGCUGAAGAGACUGCUGCAAGAAACUGUACUGAAGUUUAGAGCUCUCAAGAAGCCGGCCCAGUUAGCAGUCAUCAACAGCUUAGAAAAGGCAUUUUGGAACUGGGUGGAGAAUUACCCAGAUGAGUUCACCAUGCUCUACCAGCGACCACAGGCAGAUAUGGCAGAAGCCGCAGAGAAGCUGUUCGACCUGGUAGACAGCUUUGCGGAGAGUGCCAAGAGGAAGGCAGCUGUGUGGCCACUGCAGAUCAUCCUCCUCAUCCUCUGUCCAGAAAUUACACACACCAUCUCCAAAGACACGGUGGAAGACAGCAAGGCCAACAAGAAACUGUUUUUGGACAGUUUGCGGAAAGCUUUAGCAGGCCAGGGUGGCAGUAAGCAGCUGAUGGAGAGCGCUGCCAUCGCCUGUGUCAAACUGUGUAAAGCCUCCACCUACAUCAAUUGGGAGGACCACUCAACCAUAUUCCUCCUGGUCCAGUCCAUCGUCAUGGAUCUCAAGGCUCUCCUGUUCAACCCAGCCAAACCCUUCUGGAGAGGGACAGGCAGCCAGAACGCUGACGUGGAGCUCAUGAUGGACUGCUUUGUCUCCUGUUUCCGCAUCAAUCCUCACAACAACCAGCACUUUAAGGUCUGUUUGGCCGCCUCCUCCCCCUCCACCUUUCACUUUGUCCUGGUCAACUCGCUGCACAGAAUAAUCACCAACUCCCAUCUGGAUUGGUGGCCUAAGAUUGAUGCAGUGUACUGCUACUCUGGAGAGCUUCGCUUUAUGUUCUCAGACACCCUCAACCGGGUGAUCCAAGGUGUUGGCACCCACGCUCCACUACGCAUGACACCGAGUCUGACAUUCAAAGGGAAGAUGACCACCAGCCUUAAGUUCAAAGAGAAAGCCACAGAACUUGACACUCGAAGUUACAAGUGCCUCCUUCUCGCUCUGGUCAAACUUAUCCACGCUGACCCCAAACUCAUGUUGCAUAACCCAGUAAAACAAGCUCCAGAGAUGCAGAGCAGCACAGCAGAGCUCAUCACGGGCCUGGUGCAGCUAGUGCCUCUAACCAACACCACCCAGCUCUCACAAGAAGCCAUGGAGGCUCUGUUAGUUCUGCACCAGCCAGAGACCAUAGAGCUGUGGAAUCCUGAUGCCCCAAUAGAGACGUUCUGGGACAUCAGCUCACAGGUGCUCUUCCUCAUCUGCCGCAAACUGAUCGGCCAGCAAAUGGUUAAUGGGACAGAAGUUCUCAAAUGGCUGAGGGAGAUCCUCAUCUGCAGGAACAAGUUUCUGCUCAAGAACAAGGAGUGUGCCACUAUGGGUGGUGGGAUUCCCAUCUGCCGGCAAGCGCAGACAAAGCUGGAGGUGUGUCUCUACAUGUUCCUGUGGAGUCCAGACACCGAGGCGGUGCUGGUGGCCAUGUCGUGUUUCCGCCACCUCUGUGAGGAGGCUGACAUCCGCAGUGCCGCCGACGAGGUGCCCGUCCAGACCAUCCUGCCAAACUACCCCACCUUCAGUGAGCUGGCCUCAGUCAGCAACAUGAUGGGAACAGGGACCUGGACCAGGCCAGUAUGGAGGCAGUUGUGUCUCUGUUAGCUGGUCUUCCUCUGCAGCCAGAAGAGGGGGAUGGAGUCGAACUGAUGGAGGCAAAAUCUCAGCUCUUCCUCAAAUACUUCACCCUGUUCAUGAACCUACUGAAUGACUGCAGUGAGGUUGAGGAUGAAGGCCAAGCAGUGGGGGGACGAAAGAGAGGAAUGUCCCGCCGGCUGGCAUCCCUCCGCCACUGCACUGUCCUGGCCAUGUCCAACCUUCUUAAUGCUAACGUAGACAGCGGUCUCAUGCACUCCAUCGGUCUGGGUUACCACAAGGACCUGCAGACUCGAGCCACCUUCAUGGAGGUACUGACGAAGAUCCUGCAGCAGGGAACGGAGUUUGACACGCUGGCAGAGACGGUUCUGGCAGACCGCUUUGAGAGGCUCGUGGAGCUGGUCACCAUGAUGGGAGACCAGGGAGAGCUGCCCAUAGCCAUGGCUCUGGCUAAUGUGGUUCCUGGGUCCCAGUGGGACGAGCUAGCCCGAGUCCUGGUGACGCUGUUUGACUCCCGCCACCUCCUUUACCAGCUGCUGUGGAACAUGUUCUCUAAAGAGGUGGAGCUGGCCGACUCCAUGCAGACUCUCUUCAGAGGAAACAGCCUGGCCAGCAAAAUAAUGACCUUCUGUUUCAAGGUAUAUGGGGCAGCAUAUCUGCAGAAGCUACUGGAGCCUUUAUUAAGAGGGGUCAUCACCACCCCUGAUCACAUCAGCUUUGAGGUGGAUCCCACCAGGCUGGAACAAGGCGAGAACCUGGAAGAGAACCAGAGGAACCUGCUGCAGAUCACUGAGCGGUUCUUCCAGGCCAUCAUCGGUUCAUCCAGCGAGUUCCCCCCACAGCUCCGCAGUGUCUGCCACUGUCUUUACCAGGCUACUUGCCACUCUCUACUGAAUAAAGCAACAGUAAAAGAAAAAAAGGAAAACAAAAAAGCAGUGGUGAGUCAGCGGUUCCCACAGAACAGCAUCGGCGCGGUGGGCAGCGCCAUGUUUCUGCGCUUCGUCAACCCAGCUAUUGUGUCUCCCUAUGAGGCUGGUAUCUUGGACAAGAAGCCCCUGCCAAGGAUAGAACGCGGUCUCAAACUCAUGUCCAAGAUUCUGCAGAGCAUUGCAAACCAUGUCUUGUUUACAAAGGAAGAGCACAUGAGGCCCUUUAAUGACUUUGUGAAGAGCAACUUUGAUUCAGCCAGGAGGUUUUUCUUGGACAUAGCAUCUGACUCUCCACCCAGUGACUCGGUCAAUCACAGUCUGUCCUUCAUCAGUGACGGCAACGUGCUGGCCCUCCACCGCCUACUGUGGAACAACCAAGAGAGGAUCGGCCAGUACCUCUCCAGCAACAGGGACCACAAGGCCGUAGGCAGACGACCUUUUGACAAGAUGGCGACACUGUUGGCCUACCUGGGACCUCCUGAACAUAAACCUGUGGCUGACACUCACUGGUCCAGUCUCAACCUGACCAGCUCCAAGUUCGAGGAGUUCAUGACCAGGCACCAGGUACAUGAGAAGGAGGAGUUUAAAGCCUUAAAGACCCUCAACAUCUUCUACCAGGCAGGAACCUCUAAAACCGGCAACCCAGUGUUCUACUACGUGGCCCGAAGGUUCAAAACAGGCCAGAUCAACGGUGACCUGCUCAUCUACCAUGUCCUCCUCACCCUCAAACCCUACUAUGCCAAGCCCUACGAGAUAGUUGUAGACUUAACACAUGUAGGACCUAGCAAUCGCUUCAAGACUGACUUUCUGUCCAAGUGGUUUGUGGUCUUUCCUGGUUUUGCCUACGAGAACGUAGCAGCUGUCUAUGUUUACAACUGCAACACGUGGGUGAGGGAGUACACAAAGUACCAUGAGCGGCUGUUAACAGGACUGAAGGGCAGCAAACGGCUCCAGUUCAUCGACUCCCCUGCUAAGCUGGCCGAGCACAUCGAACCUGACCAACAGAAGCUACCUGCAGCCACCCUGACCCUGGAGGAAGACCUGAAAGUGUUCCACAAUGCCCUCAAGCUGGCCCACAAGGACACCAAGGUUUCAAUAAAGGUGGGCUCGACCGCAGUUCAGGUGACCUCAGCCGAGCGGACCCGUGUCCUUGGCCAGCCCGUCUUCCUUAAUGACGUCUACUACGCCUCAGAGAUUGAAGAGAUCUGCCUUGUGGAUGAGAGCCAGUUCACCCUCACUAUGGCCAACCAGGGCACACCACUCACAUUCAUGCACCAGGAGUGUGACGCCAUCGUCCAAUCCAUCAUCCAUAUCCGGACACGCUGGGAACUGUCGCAGCCCGAUUCCAUACCACAGCACACCAAGAUCCGACCAAAAGAUGUUCCUGGCACUCUGCUCAACAUUGCUCUGCUGAACCUGGGCAGUUCUGACCCCAGCCUCAGGUCUGCGGCUUACAAUCUGUUGUGUGCUUUGACCUGCACCUUCAACCUAAAGAUAGAGGGCCAGCUGCUGGAGACGUCUGGCCUCUGCAUACCAGCCAACAAUACCCUUUUCAUAGUCUCCAUCAGCAAGACUCUGGCUGCCAACGAGCCCCAUCUGACACUGGAGUUUCUAGAGGAGUGCAUCUCAGGCUUCAGCAAGUCCAGUAUUGAGCUGAAGCAUCUCUGCCUGGAGUACAUGACACCCUGGCUGCUCAAUCUGGUCCGCUUCUGUAAGCACAACGACGACGCCAAGCGCCAGCGUGUCACCGCCAUUUUGGACAAGCUCAUCACUAUGACAAUCAACGAAAAGCAGAUGUAUCCCUCUAUCCAGGCAAAGAUCUGGGGCAGCCUGGGCCAGAUAACAGACCUGUUAGAUGUGGUGUUGGACAGCUUUAUUAAGACCAGCGCCACAGGAGGCCUAGGCUCCAUCAAAGCAGAGGUCAUGGCUGAUACAGCAGUGGCUCUGGCUUCAGGGAAUGUCAAACUGGUCUCCAGCAAGGUUAUCGGUCGGAUGUGUAAGAUCAUAGACAAGACGUGCCUGUCGCCGACACCCACACUGGAGCAGCACUUGAUGUGGGAUGACAUCGCCAUCUUGGCCCGCUACAUGCUCAUGCUGUCUUUCAACAACUCCCUGGAUGUUGCGGCCCACCUGCCCUACCUGUUCCACGUGGUGACCCUGCUGGUAGCCACUGGGCCGCUGUCCCUCAGGGCUUCCACCCACGGUUUGGUCAUCAACAUCAUCCACUCCCUCUGCACCUGCUCGCAGCUCAACUUCAGUGAGGAGACAAAGCAGGUUCUGAGGCUGAGCCUGACUGAGUUCUCCCUGCCAAAGUUCUACCUGCUGUUUGGCAUCAGCAAAGUCAAGUCAGCCGCCGUCAUCGCCUUCCGCUCCAGCUACAGAGAUCGCUCCUUUUCACCGGGCUCCUACGAGAGGGAGACGUUCGCCCUGUCCUCCCUGGAGACAGUCACUGAGGCCUUACUGGAGAUCAUGGAGGCAUGUAUGAGGGACAUCCCAGCCUGCAAGUGGUUAGACCAGUGGACAGAGCUGGCACAGAAGUUUGCAUUCCAAUACAACCCGUCCCUCCAGCCCAGAGCACUGGUGGUGUUUGGCUGCAUCAGUAAGAGAGUGAGCCACGGCCAGAUCAAGCAGAUCAUCCGAAUCCUCAGCAAGGCCAGCCCACUGCUGAGCAUAGACCGGGGCCUGGAGAGCUGUCUGAAGGGGCCAGACAACUACAACAGCCAAGUACUAAUAGAGGCCACAGUUAUUGCUCUGACCAAGCUGCAGCCUCUACUCAGCAAGGAGUCUCCCAUGCACAAAGCUCUGUUCUGGGUGGCGGUGGCUGUGCUGCAGCUGGAUGAAGUCAACCUUUACUCAGCUGGAACCGCCCUGCUGGAGCAGAACCUCCACACUCUGGACACAAUGCGCGUCUUCAAUGACAAGAGUCCAGAAGAGGUGUUCAUGGAGAUCCGGCGGCCUUUAGAGUGGCACUGUAAGCAAAUGGAUCACUUUGUGGGCCUCAACUUCAGUGCCAACUUCAACUUUGCACUGGUGGGCCACCUACUCAAAGGCUACAGACACCCAUCACCCACCACAGUAGCGAGGACAGUGAGAAUCCUGCACACACUGUUGGCUCUCAUCAGCAAGCAUCUGAAAUGUGACAAGUUUGAGGUCAACACCCAUAGUGUGGCCUAUCUGGCUGCACUGCUCACUGUAUCCGAGGAGGUCCGAAGUCGCUGCAGCCUCAAACACAGGAAGUCACUACUGAUUUCUGACCUCUCCAUGGACCCGGUACCGAUGGACACUUAUUCCAGUCACAUCACUGAUCCCAGCUGCAGAACUCUACAAGAGACUCAGCCAUGGGCAUCACCUCAGGUUUCAGAGCGCUACCUUUCAGCCCAUCACUACCCCACGGUGGGCCAGAUCAGCCCUCGAACACGCAAGUCCAUGAGCCUGGACAUGGGUCAGCCCUCACAGGCCAACACCAAGAAGCUCCUGGGCACCCGGAAGAGCUUUGAUCACCUUAUAUCGGACUCUAAAGCACCAAAGAGACCAGAGAUGGAGUCGGGUAUGACCACCCCUCCCAAGAUGAGGCGUGUAGCAGAGAAUGACUACGAGAUAGAGACACAAAGAAACUCGCACCUUCGCAAGGUGUCUGUAUCAGAGUCUAAUGUUCUGCUGGAUGAGGAGGUGCUGACUGACCCAAAGAUCCAGGCUCUGCUGCUCACUGUGCUGGCCACCCAGGUGAAAUACACCACUGAUGACUUUGACCAGCGAAUUCUGUACGAGUACUUGGCUGAAGCUAGCGUUGUCUUCCCAAAGGUUUUUCCAGUUGUUCACAACCUGCUGGAUUCCAAGAUCAACACUGUGCUGUCCAUGUGCCAGGACACCAACCUCCUGAACCCUGUCCACGGCAUCGUCCAGAGUGUGGUGUACCAUGAAGAGUCACCCCCCCAGUACCAACCCUCCUAUUUACAAAGCUUUGGCUUUAAUGGACUUUGGAGGUUUGCCGGACCCUUCUCCAAGCAAACACAGAUCCCGGACUACGCCGAGCUGAUCGUCAAGUUUCUGGAGGCAUUGAUUGACAGCUACCUGCCGGCGGCUGACGAGGAGCGAGGGGAGGAGCAGCUGAGGACGCCCACCUCCCCCUACCCCCCCACCAGCCAGAGCCAGCUCAGCAUCACUGCCAACCUCAACCUGUCCAACUCCAUGACCUCACUGGCCACUUCGCAGCAUUCACCAGGUGUGGACAAGGAGAACGUCCAGCUGUCCCCCAGCUCUGCUCUGUCCAGUGCGGGUCGCACUCGCCACGGAUCAGCCAGUCAGGUCCAGAAGCAGCGCAGCGCCGGUAGCUUUAAGAGACCCAGCAUCAAGAAGAUCGUCUGAUCAGCCGGAGAAAACCCACCCUCCUCCUCCUC